AGAACCAAAGAUUCCCUCCCCGCUUCCUCCUCAAGGAAGCAAGAAAAAGAACCCUUCCUCCACAAUCUCCGCCUGUGUUGGGACGACAGAUCGCUACUCCAAAUCCACACAAAACCAUUUUAUUUGUCUUCGAUCCCGCCGAUCUGACGUCGGGUUAGGGUUUUCGAGUUCUCGAGGCUUGCUUGCUUGCUUGCGGUCUUGGAGGACUGGAUAGGGUUUCAGAGGAGAUCGAUGGCGACAAGGCGUGAGGACGCGGAGUACGAGAGCGAUCCUGAGGACGCGCCGCUCCCCUCGAUGCGGCGGAGGGAGGCCAGCGACGACGAGGACGGGAUGGCAUCCGACGGCGGGGGGAAGCCGGUGAGGAAGGACCCGAGGGCUGGGAUCGGAUCUGACGGAGAAUCGGAUGGCCAAGGUGGAGCACAGGUCUACGACGAUGAAGCGGAUGAGGAGGAAGAUGAGAUGGAGGAGUACUACGAUGAGGAAGAGGAAUAUGGUGAAAUGGAUGAGGAAUUGGAAAUGGAAGAUGAAGUCGUGGAAGAGGGAGGACAUCGUGCUGCCUCGGUAAAGGAGGAGGGUAUUAAGGACGUACGGCAGUCCCUGGAAUAUGAGGGCCAGGGAGAUGGUGACCGGAGAUCCAGUGGGAACGCAAUGGAACACCCGGACGAGAAUCAGGUGGAAGAUGAGGAGGAGAAGAAGAAGGAGAAUGAGCCGUAUGCUGUGCCCACUGCUGGGGCUUUCUACAUGCAUGAUGACCGAUUCCAGGACAAUGGCAGGGGACGACGCAGGCGUAUGUUUGGUGGGCGGAAGUUGUGGGAUCCUAAGGAUGAACGUGCCUGGGUGCAUGAUAGAUUUGAAGAGAUGAAUCUGCAAGAUGCACAAUACGAUGAGGAAAGAAUGAGAUCCAGGGGCCGUUUUAGAGGUCGAGGUGGUGGCAAAAGUCGGGGUGCUAGUCGUGGUUAUGGUAGAGGCAGCAGACAUCGCGAUUACAGUGAUGUUGUCAACAGUCAAAACCGUACCUCGAGGACUGUAAGAGGAAGAGGACCUAGGCGCUAUGAAGCUCUUCCAAAGAACAAUAGAGACAUUCCUGCCAGUCGACAGAAACAAUCACCUGCAAAACCUCAAGAGCCAACAACGAGUGCUAGUACAAGGAAACAAUCCUCUCAAACUGCAAAUGUGGAGUUGGACCCUGUUGUUCCUCAAAAGCAUUCUUUUGCUUCAAGCCUAAAUUCUGCUUCUCCCCCUUUUUACCCUUCUGGAUCAUCCAAUUCCAACCAAGACAUCUUGUUGAUGCAGAAAAGAGAUGCACAAGCUGGAAUUAUUAACGAUAGCCUCUCCUAUUCAAUGCAUACGGAAGAGAAUUCUCAGUCAUCUCAGUCUAGCACAUUGCUGAGAGGAAAGACAGUUGUUGAUUCUGUUGGCCAUGAUAGGUUGUAUAUGAGCGAUUCCCACCGAUCAGUUGUUGGAAAAACUUUGGCUAGUGUUCAUUUGCAGCCUUCGGGGUUUUAUCCAUCACCUGAUAAUGCUGAUAUUUCAUCCAGCUCCAGGGUCCAAGGAACAGGUAUUAACACUGCUGGACCACCAAAUAAUCAAUCUGCUUCUGCUGUUAACCAUGUUGGAAGAGUUUCUGCACAUACCCAGGCUCCAAAUGUUCAGCCGAGCCCAGCUCAAACUUCUUUUCAACCUGCUGUACGGGUUCCUGCUCAGCAAUUCAUCCACCGUUCUGUCAGUGGAAAUCAAACUUCAUCUUCAUCUCCACCUCCAGCAGGAAAUUCAUCUGAAGUUGGAGAUGUUGAUUCACCUCCAGGUUCAGGUAAAUCCAGAACUUCAGUGGUUGGGAAGGGCAAAAUUAACAAUCAAGGAACUGGAAGAAGUUCGUUCAUUUAUAGUGGAGGCCAAGUUCUUGGAGCGACUGGGGCUAUGGGCCUUGCCCAUGGUGAUCAAAACUUCCGCACUCCAGCACUCUUACCAGUUAUGCAAUUUGGAGGCCAGCAUCCUAGUGGCCUUGGAGUCCCUGCUGUUGGUAUGGCACUUCCUGGAUAUGUUGCUCAACCGCAGCUUGGUUUUGGGAAUUCUGAAAUGACAUGGGUGCCAGUAUUGGCGGGUAUGCCUGGGGCUCUAGGGGCAUCUUAUUGUCCACCCUACCUUGCUCUUGAUGGAAACUAUUAUCGUCCUUCAGGACAGAACUCAUCAUCAGCUUCCUCCAAAGAAACCACCACAAGCAAACCUGGUACUCAUAUGUCUCAGUCUGAUCCUGUAAUUGAUGAAGCUGGGCGGCGCCAGAAUAAGCCUCGUAGCAGAUAUUCUGAGAUGAACUUUGGCCAGUGAACCGACAUUUCGUCUAGCAUUUUGGAAUAAGCAGGUUAAGGCCUUUAUUCAAGCCCUCUGUGGUCGUCAGCUUCUGAUCUGGAGCACUAUGGGCUGAUUAUUGUCUCAAGAUCGAUUAGCUAUGUAUCACCUGCGCUUGCUGUUAUGGUGUGUGAGUAAGACCGUUGGCAGCAGGGCCGAUGGCAUUCUUGUGUUUGAAACUGUGGUUUCUUUUUUUUUCUUUGGCUAAGACGUGGUGGAAGCACGUCGGAAAUGGUAGCGAGCUUAUUAUUUCGUAAUAGAUAGAUAGAUAGAUAGAUAGAUAGAUAGACAGAUCUGCAGUUGAUGUUUUUGACCUUCCCCGAGUGUGAUUUCCCGUCCAAGUGUUUUUCGUCUGGUUGGGUCUGGACCGGACUGUGUGUGCCCCUUUGGAGUCAAAAGAAAAAGAAAAACACGCUUUGACCUGCCGUAUCCUAUAUUCUUAAUAUGACUACUUGUGUUCGAUUGAAGAAUUUGGCUUUCAGCUUUUGUGCUUU